UAGAAUUUCUCUCUCUCUCCCUCUCUCUCUCAUACCUCCUCUAUAUCUUCCAUUAUCUCUUUUCUCUCUUCCUCCCUAUCAAUCCCUCUGUCUCAGGCACAAGCCCCUUCUAACCAGACACACUCUCAAUCUCUCUCUCUCCCUCUUUCCCUCUCUCUCAAUGCAUCCAUAUUUUUUCCCCAUCCUCUAACCUUUAUUACAAGUUAGUGUUUCCUUCUCUGAAAACCUUUACUUCAUUUCUCUCUCUCUAUCCAUCUCUCCCUACCUCUCUCCGGCAGACCCAUUUGCACAAGCUUUGCUCUGAUUUUUUCCCAAUUCUUUCAGUCUCUCUUUCUUUCUCGGGCCUUUUCCUCUUAUUCCUCUGUGGGUUUUUUCUUUAACAGCGUAUCUCUCUCACUCUCUCUCUACAUUCAUCUAUCAGUCCUGCAACAAGAAAAGAAGAAAAAUAUUAGGGAGAGGCGUUUAUCUGUUUCAUUGGUUCUCAAAGAACCUCUCAGAUAAUCAAUCAAUUACAGAGAGAGAAAACUGUGGUGAGGGAUUCGCGAUUUGGGUGAAGAUGAGUCGAAGGGUUAGGCGAAAGGGUGCCCAUGCUAGAGAGAAAGAUAAGGUUUCUGUAGUGACAGAUUGCAUAAGAAGUGUCGGGGUUUGUGAAGAGGGUCCUGCAAUUAUGUCAGAAGAAGCAGGAUUGGUCGACUGGACCAGCUUACCUGAUGAUACAGUAGUUCAGAUAUUAUCUUGCUUGAAUUACAGAGAUAGGGCAAGCUUGGCAUCAACUUGCAAAACCUUUAGGCUUUUGGGUCAUGCUCCUUGUUUAUGGACCUCGUUGGAUAUGCGAGCGCACAAGCUCGAUUUAGUAACUGCUUCCUCUCUCUCUAAUCGAUGUUCUAAGCUUCAAAAGCUUCGGUUUCGUGGCUCUGAUUCAGCAAAUGCCAUUAUCAAUCUCCAAGCUAAAGAAAUUAGAGAGAUAAGCGGUGACUCUUGUCAAGCUAUAACUGAUGCUACUCUCUCCGUAAUGGCUGCAAGGCACGAGGCCUUAGAAAGCCUACAAAUCGGGCCUGAUUUUUGUGAGAGGAUUUCAAGUGAUGCUAUAAGGGCCAUUGCUCUUUGUUGCCCAAAGCUCAAGAGGCUCAGGCUUUCUGGCAUUAGAGAGAUAGACGAAGAUGCCAUUGUAGCUCUAGUUAAUAACUGCAAGCAAAUUGUAGAGUUUGGGUUCAUGGACUGUGUCAAUGUUGACACAGUAGCUUUGGGCAAUGCCCAUGCCAUUAGAUAUCUUUCUAUAGCUGGAACCAGGAAUAUAAAUUGGGCUUUGGCUUCUCAAUUAUGGAGCAAAUUACCCAACUUGGUGGCUUUAGAUGUUUCUCGAACUGAUGUGCCUCCUAGUGCCGCCUAUAAGUUACUCUCUUCUGAAAAUUUGAAGGUCCUCUGUGCACUGAACUGUCCUAUUCUUGAAGAUGGGGGAAAUUAUGGAGCUUAUGUUAUCAAGUCCAAGGUACUUUUAGCCCUUUUCACUGAUAUUAUCAAAGGCAUCAAUUCCGUAAGCCCAGACUUUGGUAGAGAAAACACACUUUCGGGGCACAAAACAAGAGCAGCAAAGAGAGAGAGAAAUGGGGUGUGGAGAAGGAGGGCCUUGGAACCUAGAGACAAGAAUUUGAGUGAUUUGAUGGGUUGGCUCGAGUGGGUUCUCUCUCAUACUCUGUUGAGGAUUGCAGAGAGUAACCCCCCUGGUUUGGAUAGUUUUUGGCUAAGGCAAGGAGCUUCUUUGUUGUUGAGCUUAGUUCAAAGCCCUCAAGAAGAUGUUCAAGAGAGGGCUGCCACUGGCCUUGCGACCUUUGUUGUGAUCGAUGAUGAAAAUGCGACUGUUGACCCUGAAAGGGCAGACUCCGUGAUGUCUGGUGGUGGAAUCCGGCUACUAUUAGACCUCGCGAGGUCUUGUCGUGAAGGCAUACAAUCUGAAGCAGCAAAAGCUAUAGCAAACCUCUCGGUGAAUGCUGACGUUGCAAAAGCUGUUGCCUUGGAAGGUGGCAUCAGCAUUCUUGCUGAGCUUGCAAGAUCACCAAAUAGGUUGGUUGCCGAAGAGGCUGCUGGUGGAUUAUGGAAUCUUUCAGUAGGAGAGGAGCACAAGGGUGCCAUUGCAGAGGCUGGAGGUGUAAAAGCUCUAGUAGAUCUUAUUUUCAAGUGGCCCUCUGGUGGAGAUGGAGUUCUAGAACGUGCGGCUGGUGCACUUGCAAAUUUGGCUGCUGAUGACAAAUGUAGCAUGGAGGUUGCUAUGGCAGGGGGUGUACAUGCUUUGGUGAAGCUUGCUCGGUCUUGCAAAUUCGAAGGAGUGCAAGAGCAGGCUGCUCGUGCCUUAGCCAAUUUGGCUGCUCACGGUGACAGCAACGGGAAUAAUGCUGCUGUUGGAAAAGAGGCAGGUGCACUAGAAGCCCUGGUGCAACUCACCUGUUCUCAUCACGAAGGAGUAAGGCAGGAGGCUGCUGGGGCUUUGUGGAAUCUAUCAUUUGAUGACAGAAACCGUGAAGCAAUUGCUGCAGCUGGUGGUGUUGAGGCCUUGGUUGCUCUUGCACAGAGCUGUUCAAAUGCUUCACAAGGCCUUCAAGAAAGGGCUGCAGGUGCCUUAUGGGGAUUGUCAGUAUCUGAAGCAAACAGCAUUGCUAUUGGAAGAGAAGGAGGUGUUGCGCCCCUCAUCGCAUUGGCAAAAUCUGAAGCCGAAGAUGUCCAUGAGACUGCUGCUGGUGCAUUAUGGAAUCUUGCUUUCAAUCCUGGCAACGCCCUUCGAAUUGUUGAGGAGGGAGGAGUUUCAGCUCUUGUUCAUCUCUGUUCCACCUCAGGCUCAAAAAUGGCACGCUUUAUGGCUGCAUUGGCUCUCGCUUACAUGUUUGAUCGAAGAAUGGAUGAAAUUGCAUUGAUAGGUUCAUCCUCAGAUGGAGCUUCAAAGAGUGCAAGCUUAGAGGUGGCUAGAAAAGUUGCACUCAAACACAUUGAAGCAUUUGUUCGGACAUUUUCAGACCCGCAAACCUUCUCAGCAGCGGCGACAUCCUCUGCCCCUGCUUCCUUGGCACAAGUAGGGGAAGCGGCACGCAUACAAGAAGCAGGCCAUCUUAGAUGCAGUGGGGCAGAGAUUGGGAGGUUCGUUAGUAUGCUCCGUAACACUUCGUCUAUUUUGAGGUCAUGCGCUGCCUUUGCUCUUCUGCAGUUUACCAUUCCUGGUGGGCGGCAUGCACUACACCAUGCGAGCCUGUUGCAGAAGGCAGGGGCAGCGCGCGUCCUCCGAGCAGCAGCAGCAGCAGCAGCGGCCAGUGCUCCCAUUGAAGCCAAGGUAUUUGCAAGGAUCGUGCUACGAAACCUUGAGCACCAUCAUGUCGAAGCUUCACUCUAAGGGAAGAAACAAAAAAUCCAUCAAUGGAGUUCAGUGCUAGGCUUCACUGUAGAGAGAGAAGAAAACGUGCUAUGGCGGCUGCUCUAAUUUAUGAGGGGAAAAAGGCAACAAUGGAGGUCAGUCUUUGAUCUCUGAAAGGACCCAAUUACCCUCUCAUAUCAACUGGGAGAUUGAUAGAGAUAUCUGUGGGGUCAUCAUGCUGAAAAAGCAUAUAUCAUGGUUCUAACCAAAAAAAAAAAAAAAAAAUUUUUUUUUUUUGUUUUAGUGUAGGCAUAAGGUCAUUGCAAUUUUUGUGGACACAUUCGGCUUAACUAUUUAGAAGUCUUAGGUUCAUUUUGAUUUGGUCUAUUGCAAAGUGUGGCGUAGUUCAUAUACAUGCAUAUUUAAAAUAAUGUGUGUGUAUCUAUUGUAUGUUUUUUACAUGUACAAUGAGGUACUGAGGGGUUAAAAGGACCCAGUAUCUCUCUCUACCAGUUUUGUAUUCUAUUGAAUGUUAGGGUGCUAUGGUUAUUGGUAUGUUUGUAAUGUCUUGUUUGCUGGAUUUGGUGAAGUGAAUUCCUAUUGGAGGCAGUCUGGUUUUGCUUUUCCUUU